AUGCCAGACACUCUCGCUGAUUCCGAACCAAUUGCCGUAGCGAGCGGCAGGCAAACCUAUCCUGACGUUUGGCUGGCCGAAUGGUUAGGAACCAACCUACCCGAUGCGGAGAUGGGCUCCGACGAUGCCGCUCUCGCAAUCGUCAAUCGAAAGGUUCUUCGGCAGAACCAGAAUGUUUCCGGAAGCCUUUCUGUACCUGGUCGUCAAGUCUGGUCCAGGUCUGGCCUCUCUCUCGCUCCCAAGCUCCCAAGCUCUCCCAAGAACCAAGGCUCCCCUCUUCCUCGAUCAUCAUUCCCCCCUUUCAGGUACUGUACCGUUACCUUGAUGGUGUACAAUAGCGGCGGUACCUGCAUAAAGAACUUUUUCAUCAUAUAUUUUCUCUCCCUGGCUCCCAAGGCUCUCUGUCAGGUAUUGGGUCCUUCCAAGGUUCGACGUCUCGUUCUCCGGCCGGGAUUGCCCUAUCACGUAACAUAUAUCGGCCAUGUGUGCUUUCGGAUGUACCUGACUGAGGUGGAAGAGGCAAGGCCCGUCCCGGCUGGCUGGUUUGGUUUGGUUGGCUGGUUGAUGGCCAUCUUACCUACAGGUAGUAUCUGGGUCGCAGGUAUAUUGCCUCCCCGAGACCAGACCGAGGCUCGCGAGGGUUCGCCAUUCGCCAGCUUCCAUUGGAACCUGCAGCUGGCGGUCGUGGACAGCUUUGUUCUGCCAACAAGACGUUGA